UCCCGCCAACAGGGCGCCGCUGAGCCAAGUCAAACGCCGUCAAAGAGUGACUCACUGACUCAGAAAGCACUGAGAUCUGAGAUGGCGUGGUGUGUGGUCCGCUCCUUCAACGCGCCCGCUACCGGGGCCGGCAUCUUGCGCAACCGGCCACAUUUUCCUGUCGCAGUGCGCGCUGUCUCGGUCGCCAGUUCGAUCUUCCGCAGGUCCUCUUCUUCCAACCGCUCUCUGUCCUUCUCUUGCAAGGCCGCUUCCGCUGAUUCCCGUCUCAAGGAAGCUGUUCAAACUGAAAAGGCUCCAGCUGCACUGGGUCCAUAUUCUCAAGCAAUCAAAGCCAACAACCUUUUGUUUGUCUCUGGUGUUCUUGGUCUCGUUCCCGAGACAGGGAAGUUUAUCUCCGACAAUGUUGAAGACCAGACAGAACAGCUUUUAAAAAAUAUGGGAGAAAUUCUUAAGGCUGGUGGGGCAAGCUACUCGUCGGUUGUUAAGACAACAAUUAUGUUGGCUGACUUGAAUGACUUCAAGAAAGUAAAUGAGAUUUAUGGUAAAUACUUCUCUUCGCCCGCCCCAGCUCGCUCAACAUAUCAAGUAGCUGCCUUGCCAUUAGGUGCCAAGAUUGAAAUUGAGUGCAUAGCAGCACUAUGAACGUAACCUUGUUUUUCAAACAAGUGGCUGGCUCUAAUAAUGCAGUCCAAUAAUUGAAGUCUGUCUUUUGCUUCAUGGUUUGUUCCCCUUGGAUGAUGAUGAUGAUGAUGCUUACCAUCAUGGAAAUAAUUCAUGUUUGUGGAUUUGCACUAUUGUACCCCUUUGGCGGCUUUAGUAAUGCAGUUCAAGAAUUGAAGUUUUACUUUGGUUUCAUGGUUUCUUCCCCCCCCCCCGGGGUUCCCCUUGGAUGAUGAUGCUGUUAUCAUUAUGGAGAUAAUUCUUAUUUCUGGAUUUGCAA